GCGGACUGGGCUGGAUGGAUGAGCAGAGCGGAGGAGCGGACCCUGGGAGCGGGGAUCUGACGUCAGCGCAGAGGUAGUUUCCCUCGCGAGCUGUCAGACCGUGUGGCAGGUUAGGUAUUAAAGGCACUUUGAGCAGCGCCCAGACCCCUCCUCUUGAGCGGCCGCCGCGCGCGCACACAAAGAGAAGUGCCCAUCGCUGCGUCCGGCAAGGAUCCACCACCAGCUGCGUCAACGCUCCCUUUUCUUGCCAAGGCGUGGAUUGAAACACCGCCGGGAGCGGAGCCAGGAGCUUGAAAGGGGCGGGUGGGAGACGCUGCGAGAGGAAGAAAAUGAAACCGACCGGGAAAAGCUUGAACCAAGACAGAUCUGCCAGCAGUUCCACCAUGUCGGAUAGUGACUUUGGGGAGGAUGAUGGGAGCGUAUCUCAGGAUCCGUUGCAGCCCGGCAAGAGAAAACGAAGGGGCAACCUUCCCAAGGAGUCUGUGAAGAUUCUCCGGGAGUGGCUCUACGAGCACAGGUUCAAUGCAUAUCCAUCUGAGCAAGAGAAACUCAGCCUUUCUGGGCAAACAAGCCUCUCUGUUCUUCAGAUCUGCAACUGGUUCAUCAACGCCAGGCGCAGGCUCCUCCCUGACAUGCUGCUUAAGGACGGCAAGGAUCCCAACCAGUUCACCAUAUCUCGCCGCGGUGCCAAAUCUGCUGAUGUGACGCUGACCCAUGCAGCCGCCGCCGCCACAGGGUCCGGACUCCUAAUGGUGCCUCCUGCCUCCUCUGCCUCCUCCAAGGUGCUCUCCAUGUCGGUCUGCUCGCCCAUGACCUGCCACCCUGCCCGGCCCCUGGCCGGCAGCUUGACUGUGGUGACGAGUGAGCAGGAGAGCCCUCGCCCCACCUUCCAGCAGGUCAAGCUCGAGCCUCACUCCAAGCAGCCGCAGCUGAGCGCGACGGGCAGCACUCUGGCUCUCCUGACCAGGGCAGAUGCCGCCAGUCCCACCAGCGGACUCUUCAACACGCCGCCGCCGACUCCGCCCGAGCUCUUCGGAGAGGACUUCAGCAGUUUCCAGUUGCUGGUGGAAGUGGCCUUGCAAAGGGCAGCUGAGCUUGACUCGCAGAAGCUGAGCGGGCAGCUGCCUCCGUCACUGCAGAGAGAGGCCGCUGCGCCAGCCCUCUCCAGAAAAUCCAAGUAGCUUUCUCCAGCCACUAGCUCCUUUUGGAGGCUUUGGGGGUUCCCCUGCUCCUUCUCCCGAGUUUUUCUGUUGGCCUCUGCACUGAGGGUCCUCCCUGCCAGAUGUUAACGCUGUGAUAUGGCUACCCCUCAACCAGGAGCAAAACAAGCCGAGGCUUCCUUGGCCGUUUUGACGCUGUGCUGCCAGCUCACCUCGGCUUCUAGAACGAAACACUGUCUCCACCGCAAAGCAGGAGGGCAACACACCCUUUGGAUAGCGUUUCGCUUUUUCUGGACCUUGCCAGCAUCCUUUCCUCCUGUUGAAGCCGCGUGGAGGACACUGUCUGACUAGGGGGGUGCCUGAACCACGCACAAUCUGCUCUUGAAAGGACCGAGAGGCCUUAAUGUGCUCUGAGAGAACAUGGCUGGUGUUCUGUUACUGUGACUUUGUGUUUUAUUUUUUUGCUGUGGAGCAUCCUUGUGCAGAGGUCCUUCUCUUCUCCCACUUUUUUUUGAAGCCUGCUGACAUGGAAGAGAACAGGAAAAGGGUCCAACACGGAACGGAGGAGAGAUAAUUAAAAAACAAAAAAAACCAAGUACCUUAAAAAUACGAAUUAUGGUGGGGAGGCGAAAUGAGUGGUUUCACCUCUGCCCAGAGAAUCCUAACGCAUGUCCUUUUUGGGGGCGGGCGGGCAGGGGUUGUUUCUGUUUUGCUGUUUCUGUAGCAUAACUUCUUUGACAUACUCUUGGUCUGGUGCGCAUGAGUGGCUGGCCCCUGCAUGUUGCCUAACCGGAGUCCCUGGCAUGAGCAGAUUUAACUGGAAAUGUUAAAUGUUUGUGGCAUCCCUCUCUCUUUCCACUGGGAGGUGGAGAGGGGGAACAAUCAACGACCACCCUUCGAAUACUGGUGCCAGUUAAAAAAAAAA